UCGCCAUCUUAUCGAGGAAAUGCGUCAGACAGAAAAACACCUCUACUGGGGGAGGCACGACCAACAGUGGCGCGUUUAGAACGGUUACAUCUUGAAAACCUCGAUCUAUCUAUUCAUUUUUUUUUUUUAUUAACUCCUUCACAGGCCGGCGCAGCGGCUGGCCAAACAACUUUUGCCCUUUUUCUUCUCCCAUCGAGCCACAGGCCUAAGCGGCUGCCAUGGAUUUUUAGGGCAUGAUGCGGCACCUCUAAUGCAAUGGCGAUGCACAGUGCAAGGCAAAAUCAACCGCGAAACUCCAUCUUCGCAACUGCUAAGCAGUUGGGCUCCAGUACCGUACGCGGUAUCCCGGCGAGCCAACCAGUACCUCUCCUUCUGGACCGGAGGAAGCUAACGCUAACAACCAGCUAGUCACCACACAGCUGAUUUUCUCUUUUUUUUUUAAAAAUCACAUCGAUUCAUCUGAACGUCAACACUACCGAUCAACAUGAAACCUCAAGACAUCGUCGCAGGGAAGAGCAGCCUGUGGAUCUUCGGGUACGGGUCGCUGGUGUGGAAGCCGGACUUCAAGUACAAGAGGAGUGAGGUCGGUUACAUUCGAGGCUACAAGAGGCGUUUCUGGCAUGGAGACAACUUCCAUCGCGGGAAUGACGAGUCGCCCGGAAGAGUGGUGACACUGAUUGAAGACGAAGACGCGACCACAUGGGGUGUGUCUUUCGAGGUGUCGGGCUCACAGUUGGAGGACUCCCUCAAGUACCUCACUGUUCGAGAGACGGUCCGUGGCGGGUACAUCACAAAGAUGGUGGAUUUCUUCCCCGACGGAGAGGAUGGGUCAUCUGUUCAAGCGCUGGUGUACAUUGCCACCGCUGACAAUCCCCUCUACCUUGGGCCGGCUACUCCAGAGGAAAUCGGAGCCCAGAUCGCUGUGUGCAGAGGGAAGACUGGCCACAACCUGGAGUACCUGCUCCGGCUGGCGGAGUUCAUGAGGAGCAGCUGCCCUCAGGUGGAGGACCAUCACCUAUUUGCUAUCGAGACGGCUGCGCUGACAGUUGUGUCUUACCUUUUGGCAGCUCAGUAGCUUGUACCCUUUGUUUCACUAGCUUAUAGUGGUCGACUCAUCAGGAGGCUGUAAUCUGUCAUGUCAGUCCAGUUAUUUUCUAUAGGUGCAGACAUCAUUGUAGGAAAUCCUAUGAAAUGUGCAAUUCUCAUAAACUGUAUGCAUUAUGUGGUUUGGCUUGAGACACAGCUAGUUUUUCCUCAGUUUUGAAGCUGUCCAGUUCAUUGCUCUAAGGUAUCAAAUUGUUUACUGUAACUAAAGUUCACUAAAUGGGUACUGUGAUGUGUAUGUGAAGCAACUUCCAUCCAGUUCAAAGUCAAAAUGGAAAUAAAAACCUGAAAACGGAAA